GUCUGGUCAAUUCCCUUCUCGCGGUUGCUACAAAUGCGGUUCUCCUACUCAUUUUCAGCGUGAGUGUCCUCGUCGGAGCUAUGGUCGUGGAUACGCUAUGGGUGCGAAUGCUACGCCUAUGCUGACCCUACCUGCUCCGACCUCUACCUCGUCUAACGUAGGCUACGCAGUUUCGAACAACCAGGCUGCCUUUCUCUCUUCUGGCUACCCGAAUCCAUUCGGACGAUCGAACUUCUGGCGUGCUAAUCAGGAGAAGUUGGACCGUUGUUUCGCAAAAACAGUGGCUGAUGAAGAGAAAGAAGCUGAGAGGAAAGAGGAGGAAAAACGGAACAAAAUACUAAAAGAAGAAGAAGAACGUAAGGAGGAGUGGAGGAAGGAGCGUGAGCGGCUGGAAGCUGAAAUAACUGAUAGACUUGACAAGCGCAUGGAGGAAAAGAAUAGUUGCAGGCUAAAGGAGAAGGGCAGUGAUGAUGUAGCCCUUAAGGAAGAAUUGGAGAAGAUCCGUAAGGAAAACGAGAAACUCAGGAGCGUGUUAACCUCGGGUGAUGGGGUCGAUGGGACCACCAAUGUCUCCAAGCUGCAGGUGGAACUAGCUUUUUUUAGAAGACAAGUUCUGGCGAAAAGAGUUAUGGAAGACGAUGUAUUCGCGAUGAAGAAGGAAAUCGAUCAAUUGAGGACCUCUGCGCUGGCCAGAGGAAGUUUCCAAUCAGAGUUGGAUAGCCUACGCUCAGAGGUUAGCCGGCUUAAGAUCCAAGGAGUUAAGGACCGCGAGCAGGUGGAGCUGUGGAAGAGAGAGGCGUUGAGACCAGGCAACAAGAGGGGAAGCGUUGCCAUUGAAACUCCUGAAGUCUCGAAUAUGGAUCUCCUAGGCCCAGAUGGACGGACAAUCUAAGUGAAACGGACAAAUGGAAGAAGGAGUAUGCGAAGAUGAAAGAAAUGCAUCGGGGUGCUAGUCUAGAAGCGGA